UCGUGAAGAAGGAAAACAUCUUGAAUUUUGCUGUUCUGAUCAUCAUGAGAAUUAGUGUGAAGAGUUUGUUUCCAGUCUUGUCUGUCGCUGUGGUGUUUUUCUAUAUGAGCUCUGUCAAUUGGAAAAUCCAAACUCAAGAGAAGCAGCUUCACCAAGUCCAGCAGAACUUCUCGUUACACAGCGAACUUCUCCUCAAGAAGCUGGACAAACUGGAGGCUCAUUUAUAUGCUGUGGAAGAGAAAAGCCUCAAAGUGAGAAAUGAGAAGAAGCCAGCGAGGAAGCUGUUUCCAAACUCAUAUCUCUUCAAGAAAUGGACUGAGGAACUUUCUGAGGACGAUCAGAGGAAGGCUGAGGAUCUCUUUCAGAAAUACGGCUAUAAUGCCUUCCUCAGUGACCAGUUGCCUCUGGAUCGGGAGCUGCCGGACACUCGAGACCACAGAUGCAUUGGACGUGAAUAUCCACACAAUCUGCCCACCAUCAGCGUUGUGCUGAUUUAUCUGGAUGAGGCUCUGUCUGUCAUUCAAAGAGCCAUUUGCAGCAUCAUCAACAGAACUCCAGCCCACCUGCUGAAAGAGAUCAUAAUGGUGGACGACCACAGCAAAAAUGAAGAGCUGAAGACACAGCUGCAGGUUUAUAUCAGCUCCAUCAAUGAGAAACACCCAGGCCUGGUGAAGAUGGUGACCCAUCCAGAGCAGAAAGGCCUGGCCCAGGCCAGAAUCUCAGGCUGGAAGGCUGCCACCGGGGAUGUGGUUGCCAUUUUGGACGCCCACAUUGAGGUCCAUGUCAAAUGGGCGGAGCCACUGCUUGCACGUAUCCAAGCUGAUCGCACGCUGGUCCUGAGCCCCGUGUUUGACAGAGUGAAUUACUAUGACUUGGAAGUGACCAAAUAUCCCCCCUCUGCUCAUGGUUUUGACUGGGCUCUCUGGUGCAUAUACGUGUCUUUCCCACAGAAGUGGUACGAUCAAAAAGACCCUUCACAGCCAGGAAAGAGUCCCUCUGUAAUGGGAAUACUCGUGGUUGAUCGUCUGUUCUUCGGAGAGAUUGGGACUCUGGAUGGAGGGAUGCAGGUGUAUGGAGGAGAGAAUGUUGAAUUAGGAAUACGGGUGUGGCUUUGUGGAGGAAGUAUAGAGAUUAUUCCCUGCUCUAAAGUUGCCCACAUUGAAAGGGCGCACAAACCCUACAUGCCUGACCUUAGUGGUGUAAUGAAGAGAAAUGCCCUCAGAGUGGCAGAAAUUUGGAUGGACGAAUACAAGAGAAAUGUCCACAUCGCCUGGGGUGUCCCCAUACAGAAUCAUGGAAUAGACAUCGGUGAUGUUACAGAGAGAAAGAGACUGAGAGAGAGGCUGAAAUGCAAACCAUUCAAAUGGUAUCUGGAAAAUGUCUAUACUGCAUUAAAUCCCAGGAAUAUACUUGCUUAUGGAGCGCUGAUUAAUGACCUGCAAACAAGUUUAUGUUUGGAUAAGGGGCCAGUUGAGGAGAACACUCCCAUUUUAUAUCCAUGUCAUUUUUCAACCUCACAGGUAUUUUACUAUACAGCAAGUGGUGAGAUACUUGCUGAUCCCCUGCCGUCCCUUUUACGCGAUCGGAGCCGCUGUCUAAUUGAUCCCGGCUCAGGCAGAUUUCCAGAGCUGUCCUGGUGUUCAGACACUGAAAAAACAAAACAUAUGUACUGGGAUUUCAAACAGGGAGAGGCCAUACAGAACAGAGAAACCAAACGCUGUCUGGAGAUCAACGCUGAGCAGAAUGGGAAAUAUGAAAAAAACGUUUUUAUUCAGGAGUGCAGAAACCAGCACUGGAGGAUACAGAAUUUAAUUCAGGACUUAUGAAACACAAGAUUUAAUCAAUUUAGAUAAACGCAGCUGACACGCUGGAGCCCGCUGGAGAAACAUCACAGAUAGUGUUGGUGCUAAAAAAAUUGAAUGCAGCUACGAACUGAAAAAAAUUAGGUGCUAAAAAUGGCACAAAAAUAUUUUAUGGCUGAUGAGAAAGUAAAAAUAGAAUUGAUACUCGGAAAGAGGGUUUAAGAGAAAAAAUGAUUUUCACAGUUCAAAUUCACACAGUUCUUGCAGCCCCAUAAAUAAAUAAUUUGUUCCAUCUGAUGUCUUUUAGAAGUAUGUGUAUGUUGUGUUUCUGAGUGUGUCUGUGCAGGAGAAGGUGUGGUCUGCACUCAAGCCAGCAGAGAUCUGAUUGUUCUGAUCCUGGUUCCAGAGUAAAGGACUUCCCCAAACACUCUGUGGAAGCUGAAUGCGUGUCAUUUGCUUUGCUCUGUCUUGGUUUCCUCUCUGAUUGUGUGUUCUUUGACAAACUUGCUGUUACAUUGUGUAAAUAUUAUUUGUAAAUUCUCAGUUAUGGGAAGUAAGGAGUGUGAUGCUAUUUCUUUUGCAUAUAUCGUUUGUUCUGUUUGGGGUUAAGGGAGUAAAGGAAGUUGUGUUGUAUUUUUCUUUUUAUGUGCUUUCUUUUUUUAGGGAAUUUAGAGGGUACUAAAACUAGUUAUUUUUGUUUGUUAUUUUGUUAUUUUUGUUCUGUAAUCUAUUUUUGUUUACUAUUAUCUUUGUAAGUGAGUGCACAUUCAUUUAUGUUACGGCUGGCCCUAGGGGGCCAUUACAAAUUUUAAAAUCAAAAUAAAACACAAGAACAUUUUAAUUGCAUAUCACGUGACUGUAAACCGACAUCAGAGAUGUGUGAAAAUGCCAAUGUGCUGUUAAAACUACUGAAAUAUUUAGAAAUUGUUUCAUGUUUCUAUGGAGUCUGCCCUAUUUCUAACAGCCCUCAAUGGGGCAUGUUGUCACAAAAUGUCAAUGUGUAUUAAAGGAGUAACCAAAAAUAAUUUUUCAUGAUGAAAUACUCGUUAUGAAAUGCUCAAGCAUUUAAAUCAUCAUGAGAAUUGGCUGUGUGAAGAGUUUGUUUCCAGUCUUGUCUGUUGCUGUGGUGUUUCUCUAUAUGAGUUUGAUGAGGAGGGAAAUCCAAACUCAAGAGAAGCAGCUUCACCAAGUCCAGCAGAACUUCUCGAUACACAGCGAACUUCUCCUCAAGAAGCUGGACAAACUGGAGGCUCAUUUAUAUGCCGUGGGUGAGUUACUGAGAUCUAUUUUGCUUCAGUGUUGUUGUAGAUUUUGAAAACCUGAUGAACACAAAUUCUUGCAGAAGAGAGAAAACUCAAAGUGAGAAAUGAGAAGAAGCAAAGAAGCUGUUUCCAAACUCCGAUCAAUUCAAGUAAGCGUUCUGUAUGUCCUGAUGGCAGGAGAAUCCUGGAGUAUGACGUAUUGAGGGAAACCCCAGUACUGCAGCACAGCCAUGAUAUAAAGUUAAGGAAAGUUUUGUGUCUACCUCAGAUUUAACGUUAGAAUUGUACAUCAGCAUCGGGGAAUAACAUUAUAAUCUCGUUCACUGUAGAGAAAGCUGCUUAGAUGUAGGCUACACAGGGAAAGUAAUUAAAUGUAAAUGUAAACACAACUUUUGUGUCUUUUAUCAGCUUUUCUGCAUAUACAGUGGCAA